CUUGCAAUCAGUUUCAUCUGGAUUUGACGCAGAAGAGAGAGGAGCAGGAGGGUGACAGCGGGGAGUUGUUCCUGCUCUGAGACUGGUUUGGGUUGUCACGCGCUUUCCACUGGAAACGAUGCAUUUUAGUAACAGAAAAUAAGUAGGUAGCCACUAAGAUAAACAAAAGGGACAAGUGGGAAUAUAAAGGCGUCGCAACAGAAAAACUUCGCAGGAUGAACGAACAGAACGACACAACGUUUAAAACCACGGGAAUCAAGUGGCUACUGCCUGUCACUGGAUACUUAGGCUUACAACUUGAACAGGUAAACUUUUUGGCUUGCCAACUGUUUGCCCUGGCUGCUGCCUUCUGGUUUCGCCUCUACCUCAGUCCUAGCCAUGCCAGCCCCCUGGUCAGGCACGCUGUGGCCACGCUCCUCGGUGUUGCUUUUCUCAUCUUCUGCUACGGAUGGUACUCGACUCAUAUCCUGAUCAUGGUGAUGGCAAGCUACUUGAUCAUCAUUAAAUGUGACAUCAACAAUGUACACAGGUACUCCCUGGUGACGGCCAUGGGCUAUCUGACACUGUGCCACGUGCACCGAGUCAUUAUCUUUAACUAUGGGAUACCAUCCACUGACUUCUCUGGACCAUUGAUGAUUAUAACCCAGAAGAUCACCAUACUGGCUUUCCAGCUCCAUGAUGGUAUGUGUAAGAAAAGUGAACAUCUGACAUCGGAACAGAAGCUUUUGGCUAUAAAUGUGAGGCCUUCUCUCAUUGAAUACUUGAGUUAUAAUCUGAACUUCCUGAGUGUGUUGGUGGGGCCUUGCAGUAAUUAUAAGGAUUACACAGACUUCAUAGAGGGCAGGCACAUCAGCAGGAGGCUCAGACAGCACACUGGCACAUGUAAUGGGCAGAACGGCUACGAUAAGACACUGGAUAUAUCACCUCAUAACGCAGUUGGUCGAAAGCUACUGGUCUGCUCCGGCUGUAUGCUCUUCUACCUCGUUAUUACUCAGUCCUUGCCGAUAAAGUUUAACACCAAUGCCGACUUUGUCAGCCAUGCUCCAUUCCUCACCAGGCUUACGUACGCUUUCUUCUCUAUACAAGCAGCAAGACCUAAAUUCUACUUUGCCUGGACGCUUGCGGAUGCAGUGAACAACGCUGCAGGUUACGGUUUUCAGGGGAUGGAUGAAAAUGGAAAAGCGUCCUGGGAUCUUGUCUCCAAUAUCAACAUCAUUGGGAUUGAGAAAGCAACCAGCUUCAAGACUUUCAUAGACAACUGGAAUAUUCAAACUGGGAUUUGGCUCAAAGCGGUGUGUUAUGACCGAGCCCCCAAACACCAGUUAGCGUUGACCUUCAUCCUGUCUGCGCUGUGGCACGGUGUAUAUCCAGGGUACUACUUCACCUUCCUCACUGCUAUCCCCAUCACCAUAGCAGCACGAGCCAUACGGAAGUCUGUUCGGCAUUUCUUCCUGGAUUCCAGAGCCCUGAAACUGGGUUAUGACAUCUUAACUUGGGCAGCAACACAGCUGGCCAUCUGCUACACUGUCAUGCCUUUUCUUCUUCUUUCGCUAGACGACACAAUUGUUUAUUACAGGUCUAUGUACUUCCACGUCCACAUCAUCAGCAUUCUGGCUGCGAUCGCUCUGAGUCAGAAACAUAAACCCAGAGAACCCUCUGCCACUACCAAGUCCUUUCCCCCCGUCUCCUCCUCCUCCUCUUCUCCGUGCUCAGCCCAGUGCCAGCCUGUUCACUCCAACAACAAUGACAAAUUAGACUGAAAAUCCCCUUCUUCGGGUUGUUUUAAGUGGCUCUCAGUGUUCUCACAAAGACAAGUGGGUUUCUUUGGAGGUUGUUCAGUCUACUUAAAGUGGGAAACAUUGUGCUAUUUAUUUUUUGGGAUAAUACAGAGUGAAGAAAUAGGACCAAAACUUUGAUAGUGCAGUUCCACGCAGGAUUUUCUACCUGGAUGUGCACAAGAAGAGCCUUCUGUCAUGUUAGAAGAUUGAGACAUUACAUAAGCCUAACAGGAAGGCUGGAAAGAGUAACAUAAGCUGAGGGAAUGUCUCUGGUGCCACCAAUGCCAGAAUGCUGACCUCUCUUCACACUUUCUCCCCUGCUGCCCAUCUUAACACCAGUGUGCAACAACAAUGCAGCAAUGUGAAGAGAAAAACCAAGGCUCACUUUCAUUCCUGUCCUCGGUCUGCGCUGUCCCACUGACGGGUGGGAUCGAAGCCAGCACAGAGGGUGGGCACAAAUACCAGGGCACAAACACACGGUCUCAUCUAUAAACAGACAUUUGUAAGGAAAUAUGCACACAUUGUAUCAGACAUGCAUGCACUUGACCACACUCUGAUGGUACACAAAGGCUGUCCUUGUGAGGCCACAAAAGAGCUGCACCCGCUGCACCCACUUUACCCACAGGAUGCUGUAGAUGUGCAUGUUGGUCUGCCUACAGUUACAAACCACCAACCUCUAUCAGUGACCCUGUGUGUGACUGUCAGUAUUACUCCCAUUGCUUUCUGGCCUGAAUGAAAACCACAAGAAAUACUAACUUUUAACCAUUACUGCUGUAGAGAAGACUCCCAGGCAAUAGGGCAGCUCCUCCAGGUGAGGAGGUUUAUUAUAGAUAAUCUCAGACUUCAGCUGUGUACCUGUAAACGUAAAGGAAAAUGUUACAUAAUAAUUACAUAGUUUAAUAUUACAAACAUCUUUCUGAGCUGAAACAAGAAUUUAACAGAGUGACACUCUUCUGUUUUAGUACCUAUCAUGUGCAUGGUGCUGGAUACCUGUAACCAUGAUAGAGAGCAAGAGGACAAAAAGCAGGGGGAAUGGCAGAAAUAUAUAUGAAGACAGUAUGAAAAUGUGUAUUUAUUCUUGGUGGAAGCACAGUGUGCUCUUUCCAUGGGUAAGAGGUUGAUUGAACAGUGACAUCUGGUGGUCGUCCUGUGUGAGCCGAGCUGAAUGAGCUCUGACUGAAACCGCCAAACUUAAUCAUCUUCCGAUGCUACGUUAUCCCCCCCCCCCUUCCACUAGAUUUUAUUCCUGCAUGAUUUAAGAUGAUAGAACAGAGAUUAGGGUUUUGGUUAUGGAUUAAGCACAGUAAGAGAAAGCAAAAAGAUACCCUCACCUUUUUUAUUUCUUUCUCAUAUCAAAUAUUUGGCACUGAUGACAUGUUUGAGAGUUUUAAAAGUGAUUUGUUAACGGUGCUAGUACAGCUUUCAGCUACAUUUGUGUUUACAUUUUAAUAUGCAUUGCUAGAAAUGCUAUCAGGUUAGGAUGCAACAAUGCCUGAUGAAGGAAAUUAUGCUAAAAAAAAUGUAUGUUUCCAACUGAAAAUGCAAUUUCUGCCUGGGUAUAGUUUGUCAGUACACCUAAUCAGGAUAGAGAGACAAUCUUAAUACAUUUUGUAACUUCUUGAUUUGUAAGAAAGUUUUAACUACUAGAAAAAUGUUCAUUUUGGACUUACAUGUUAGAUGGACUCUUCUCCUUGUCCUUAAUAUGUAAAGGAGCAAAGCUGAACCAUAGUGGAAGAGAAAAUAAAUACUGAUGAUGAAGCUUUGCUGUGUAGUUGCUGAAUCCAGUUCAGAUAUGAGAUGCCAUGAUGAUAGAGGCUUGAGUUAAUUUAAUAUCAAUUCAUUAAACACUACCGAUAUUUUAAGCAUUUAAGAUGCAAAUUAGCUGAUUCUAUUUCUUAUGUGAUUAAAGAUGUCGCUGUUGUUGAUUAUGUUAACUGCAAAGUGCACCAGAGUACCUCUGAUGGAGUUAAUAGAAUAAUCAUAACUGUGGGGAUCAGUCAACUGUGUAUUUCUUUGCAAGAUGUAAUUUUGAAGCAAAUUAUUAACAUUUACAGCUGAAUCUGAAGGUAAUCACUGUGAAAAGCUGAAUACAUGCAAACUCCUGGAGGAGUGGGUCCUGUAAGGUGAAGCUUUUCCUAAUUACAGCUUGACAAUGUGAAACAAGCCUUUAAUAAUGGCAUGGAAGAUUUAAUGUUAAAAUAUAUUGUUUUGGGGGCAGGGAAAUGUAGAAUAUGAGUGUGUUAGAAGGAGCAGCCUUGUGAACGACUUAAAAAUGAUAAUGAAAUUCUUCUUUAUUUUCCAGAUGUGUGUUAUCCGGAUGUACUGACUGUGAGAGUGUGUGUGAAUGUUUGUGAUAUUUUCUUACGACACCACCGCUGCAUUUUAGUAUUGUUUGUAUGGAGGACAGAGUGAUUGGUAUAAAUUUUUAAAAAAAGAAACUAAGCUUCAGUGAAACAUAUCAGCCAGGUUUUUAUUUAACAAAUGUGUUAUUAAUAAUAAAGUUUGAUAAACUUAAGAGAAAAAGUGAGUUU